UAAACCCAAAAUAAAAAAGGGGGAAAAAAUUAGCUUCAGCUGCUCGCUCCUUGACCUAAGAUCGAUCAAUCGAUCGAUCGAUUCAGGAAACGAAAGGGAAAGGAAUCAAGGACAUUUUUUCCUUUUUCCUUUGAGUUCCUGGAUCAGAAAUCGAUCGAUAGAUGAUCUAUGCUUCUCUCUAGAUCGAUCUCUUCUUGGAUUGGGCAAAUUUUCGCAUGCAUGGGAGGUUGUCUUAGCUCCUGUACAAAGGCAACUCCAAUAACUUCAGUAGACGAGCCUGCCAAGGGUUUAAAAAUCCAAGGUCGAACAGUGAGAAGACACAGCACAAAGGAGGACAUUUGGAGUACGAGCACACAUGAGAUGGAUAAUUGUGGAAUUCAAUCGCAAAGGAGCAUUUCUUCGAUGAGCACAUCGACACAAACUCUAGACAAUCAUGGAGCAGGAAGCACCAGCAGCCCUUCUGAAUUUGUGAAUCACGGGUUUCUCCUCUGGACCCAAACCAGGCAGCAAUGGACUAGCAAUAAAAAGUCUCAAACUCAGACAGAAGAGCUUCGAGAACCAAGGAUAAGCUGGAAUGCAACGUAUGAGAGUUUGCUAGGGAGCAACAAGCGCUUUCCUCAGCCUAUACCUCUUUCUGAAAUGAUUGAUUUCCUUGUGGACGUCUGGGAGCAGGAGGGGAUGUAUGAUUAAGAACCGAACCAGAGGAGGGCCCUUGUUUAUAAUUAAGUAUGAAUCUCAGAUAUAUGAGAUAUUAUAUGCUAUUGGGUACAUAGUGGAAAAUCACUAGUAUCCUGUAAUUUCAAAUGUGUGUGCUGGUCUCAAAUUCCUCUAUUCAAUGUUGCUCCCUUUUUUUCUUUUACCAUUUUAUUUUAUUUCUCUCUCUCCUUUGCCUGUUCUCUCAAAUGCAUAUUAUUGAAGCUUCCCCCCAUUUUUUUUA